AGCUGCUCAGUCGAGAUGAGUGUAAAUAACUCAAGUGGUCCGAUAAAAACACGAUUUUCGAGCCUUAAAGAUGUCCUAAAAGUAAGACGGCCAAUGUACAUUGAAGGGAACGAUAAUGAAGAGAAAAAGGAAGUUCAAACUUACCGAUGGGUGGUUCAUCCCCGGAGUCGCGGCAGGCAUUACUAUCUUAUGUUUAUGGUGAUCUUAACAUUCGUGAACCUUAUAACAAUUCCUCUAGACAUGGCAUUUUCUGAGGAUAUGCAAGAUAGUGGCCACAUAUACUGGGUGACCUUCAAUAUAUUCUCAGACACCAUGUUUUGCCUUGAUGUUGCCAUAAAUUUUCAAAUGGGUAUUUUCAGUGACGACGGUCAGGCCAUCCUGGAUCCAAAAAUAAUAAGAAAGGAGUAUUUCAGAAGUUGGUUUGGUCCGGAUGUGGUUGCUGCCUUUCCGGUUGACAUUAUCAUUGUUAUUGUGGAGCACUUUUAUCACGCUGACACUGAUGUACUGAUGGCUUCAAAGCUGGUGCGGAUACUCAUGUUUGCGAGGAUUUUCAGUAUGAUCCGUUUACUCCGUGUGCCGAAGCUUCUGAGAUUCUGCUUUGAAUUGGAAAGUGUCACUGACAUACAGCUUGAAGAAGUCAAGAGGUUUUUCAGGGUGUUUUUCGUGUUCCUGUUGAAGAUCCUCAUUUGGCACUGGAACACAUGUGUUCAGUACUUCAUAUCUCUGCUGGACGAAUUUCCCCAAGACUGCUGGGUCAUGCAAGAGAAUAUCAAGAAUGCCUCAAUUGGGGAAAAAUACUCCUAUUCUUCCUUCAGAGCUUUCUCUCAGUUGGCCUGGAUUUCAACUAAUUCAAUUCAAUCGCCAACACGCAUGGCGGAACGGUGGACAGCUGUUGUUAGCAUGGUGGUUGGAUAUUUAAUGUGUUUCGCUCUUAUUGCCUGCUUGAUUACAACUGUGGGGAGCAUGUCUGCGACUGGCAAUGAAUACAAGAAAAAGAUCAGCCAGCUACAAUCCUCCAAAAUGUUCAAAAAGCUGCCCAGGGCGUUGCGCCAACGCACCACUGCCCAGUACAAGUGGCAGUAUGAUAAGAAGAAUAUCCUUGACCUGGUGUCAAAACGGCUGAGAAAGGAUAUUAUGGCAGAUAUGUGUCCCAACCUGCUGAGCAAAGGCUCCAUGUUCAUAAAGCAUGAUAGAGAAUUCACCGAAGCCAUCUUGGUGAAGUUGGAGUACGAGUUAUUCAACACAGGAGACAUCAUCAUUCAUCAAAACGCUCAAGCUGACCACAUGUUCUUCAUCGAGCACGGCCAGGUGCUCGUGAAGAACGAAUCCUUUCAAAUGGAGCUGCACGAUGGAGAACAUUUUGGAGAGAUCAGCUUCCUGUUCGGCGGAAGGCAGUUGGCCACAGUUUCUGCUCUGACCGCCUGCAGCCUUUUCUCCCUGUCGUUACAACAGUUCCAGGAGAUUGAGGAAGAGUUUCCACAUGUUGCGAACGAACUGAGGGCAGCAGCUCAACAGCUUAAAAAUGAUCUUGAGGGUGUUGAGCUAGAACUUCAAGUUACAUCAGCAUCAACCAGUGUGUGAGACGACAGACCAGGAUCUAGUUUUUUAGUCAAAUAGUC